GCAAAUUCUGUUCUUACAGAAAAGUUGGAAAUUCAUUGGCUAUUGUAUGGCUUUUUACCAAUAAACUUGCAACUUUUCUGAUAGAGCGAGUAUUUGCGCAUACGUUUCUUUUGCGAAUGGAUUCAAGAAUCGAGCUCCUGAAUACGAAGUUUUCAAGAGAUUUCGGAGUACAUACAAAUUAUUAUUAAAUCCAAACGGAAGGACUUAAGUUCGAUCAUUUCCGAUCUCUCUCUGCAUACCUCUUUGCGUUGUUGUCGAGAAUACGAUUAACGCGAGAUUGGUAACAUUGACUCACAAAUAAUUUCUCCGAUGUCCUCCGCGAUCAUGUUCGCUGUCGCGAUCUCCCUGUCCCCUUUGCGUGCUCCUUUUUAUUUUCUACUUUUUUAUCAAUAACAACAAACCGACAAAGUCGAAUUAGCUUUACACAUGCACGCGAAUCAACGUGACAGCCGUCCACGGUUUUCGAUCGUUUAGCGGUGAAUUAUCACAAGUACACGCAUACAUACGUUUUUACUAUUCGCUGUCGAGCGAGAGACAAAUACGUUUGUCAUACGCAUUUGAACAUCUGAUUGCUGUGAUCAGCCAAACGGAAGAAAUGGGAUCGUUGACAAGCAGGCAGAACGCUGGCGUCGAGGAGGUUGAUAUCACGUCGAAUCACGCGUACAAAUAUCCUCCACGAUCUGGCUCCUACUUUGGUAGUCACUUUAUAAUGGGCGGCGAGCGAUUCGACACACCUCAGCCCGAGGCGUAUCUCUUUGGGGAGAAUGCAGAUCUGAAUUUCUUAGGCAGCCGACCGACUCCUUUUCCUUAUCCUCCACCGCAAGCCAACGACCCUACGAAGACGUUGAAGAGCCUGGUGAACAUACGCAAGGAAUCUCUGAGACUGGUUCGCAACAUGGAUCAAACGUCGACGUCCUCACAUUACCAUAGUGUCAAGCAUUACAGUGACAAUGAUAUUGACAAAAAACCCAAUCGUUUCAACAUUGAAUUUGUGUUCGACUGCGACGUGAGGUGCGCGAUAACGAUUUAUUACUUCUGCACGGAGGAGGUUUCAACGAAGGGAGUGACAUACAUACCACGAGAUCCAUCUAUGAAUUCUGAAACAUAUCAUUAUAAAAAAGGAGCGAACCAACUGUUCUCGCAAACGUCACAUAUAUUCGAUCCAACGUUGUAUAUUGAGGAAGAUCUGAUGUACAAUGCAGAUAGAGAAAUUAUCCCAAUAGCUAUUCAUUGCGUAGCGGAGGAAGGAUCGGAUGAUCCGAAACAAUCUCAUACAACCAUAGCUAUAGUUGAAAAACAUUCCGACGGAACGUAUGUAUUGAAAGCACUUAAACAGAAGCUCUACGUGGACGGUCUCUGUUAUUUGGUACAGGAGAUAUAUGGAAUUGAGAAUAAAAAUAUUGAAAACGCAAAGCAACAAGGCAGCGAUGAGGAUACCGAGGACAAUGGCUCUGAAUGUGUUAUUUGUAUGAGCGAGGUACGCGACACAUUAAUUUUGCCGUGCAGACACUUGUGCCUGUGCAAUUCCUGCGCCGAUUCAUUACGAUAUCAAGCGAACAAUUGUCCGAUAUGUCGCGCGCCUUUUAGAGCGCUCCUGCAAAUUAAAGCUCUUCAGAAGGCGACUGGUACAAUAAUAUCCAAUCCGCCAUUACCAGAGGGAAGCUGUGAGAAUAUCCCGUCGGGCUACGAGGCGGUAUCUUUGAUAGAAGCUUUAAAUGGACCUUAUACUCCACGAACUGCCAUUAUCGCGCCAGAAUCACCAGAUACUCCUGAUACAGAUACGGCGAGUGCCAUUCAAGCCGCGGAAACUUUAAAUCGCUCAGCCGAACGUACCCCAGUUUCGAAACACAUAUCCGCCAAAGAAACCGACAUGUCAGCUAGGUCUAGCAGUACCACUUGUCCAACUCCUGAAUUCCGUAUGUCCGUAUUAUUAGCCAGGGACGAGCACUCAGGUUCUCAAAAGGAGCUGCACAGUAGAUCUCCAGCUAUGCGAACUAAAUCGGUACACUCACGAGAUAAAUCUGGUUUAAGAACGCGCGACACCUUGAGAUUGGUUAACGAAAAACAAUCAGCUUCUUUGUAUGAGGGACAAGGUCAAGAUGAAGAUAGCGAAGCGGAAAAAUUAUCACCAUUGUUGGAUGCAGCGACAAGUACGGAAGUUUUAGAUGUGCAUUCCCAUAGAAUAUGCGACAUCGAUAUGGAUGAUGAGAUUCAAAACACAGGAAAUGAUAACGAUACAGAUAUCACCUGUCACUCGCACUAGAAAGUAACCGAGAACAAAGAGAUCGUAUAACUCUUUCCAUGAUAUUCGUUCAUAUUUUUCAAACAUUGUUCGCGCGAAAUAUUUUAUUUUGUGUAAACUGAAAGUACAGAUCAUUUAUUUAUUCAAAGGCCAAAGGUUUCUUCGAACUGGAAUCAUACUAAAUUUAUCAUAAUUUUUCAAAUUUAAAUUAUUGUUACACAUUUUGAUUUAGCCCAGCAUGGGUGCUUUCCAUUUAUGUGACUGUUAAUGAGAAGAGAGCGAUGCGAAGGGAAAGAUAAAGGGUAAUUGAAGAUGACAGAGAAAGAAGUGCAAUAUGACAAAUGGAAAGUUAUUAUAAUUUGUGAAUAUAAAAAA